CAUGUGACAGACUAAUAUGAUAUGAAAGUGAAAUGUCAGAUGUGGAAAGUUAGUUCAUAAACUGUGAUAAUUUUUUGGAUUUGUUUUAAUUUAAAUCUAUUUUCGGAAACUCGUUUGUUUCAUAUGGCUUCAGAUAGAAUUUUUGGAUAUUAUCCUCAAGUAGGAGUUGAUGGAUAUACUGAGGAACCAACUAGUAAAGUUAGACUAAGAAUCAUAAGAGGUAAAGGACUUAUGAAAAAAGAUAUUUUCGGAGCAAGUGAUCCUUAUGUGAGAAUAGACUUGAAUACUAUUAGUGGAGAUGAAACUAUUGAUGCAGUUCUCACAAAAACGAAAAAAAAGACUCUUAAUCCUGAAUGGAACGAGGAAUUUAUAUUUGGUGUUAAACCAACUGAGCAUAAACUAAUACUGCAAGUAUUUGAUGAGAAUAGAUUAACAAGGGAUGAUUUUUUGGGAAUGGUUGAAAUAAGCCUAAUGUCAUUGCCUAAAGAGUAUGAAAAUCUAGUCAUUCCACCAAUUAAAUAUUUACUGAAGCCCAGAAGUGCCAGGUCAAGAGUCAAAGGAUAUCUGGAAAUUUACCAUGCAUUUCUUCCUGACAGUCCUGAAUUAGCUCCACCAUCUGGAGAAAGUUCAAUGGAUUCAACAGAAAGAGAAUGGGAAAUCAUACAUGAUGGAAGGGAAGAAAGUGCAGCUCCAAUAUUCACGAAUUCACCAACUGAAUCUCAAUUGGCGUUACCUGUUGGUUGGGAAGAAAGACAAGAUGCUAAUGGGAGGACCUACUAUGUAAAUCAUUUGGCUAGAACCACCCAAUGGGAGAGGCCUACUGUCAGUACCAACGUGGGCAUUCAACAAGAGGAACAGGAAGAGAGGGAGAAUAGUGAAGCCCGAAUAUUUCAGAGGAGGUACCAUAUAAGUGAUGAGCAGAAUCGUGAUCGUGGGGACACUACUAGCAUUGCAAGCCAGGUCGAUAAUCUGACCAAUGGAGAGACUGAUCCCAAUUUAAACGCGAUGGAAAAUUGCGAACAUGAAGAAGCCACAAAUCCUGUUACUUAUGAACAGCACAGCGAUUCUGAAUACAAUGCAUCUGCAGAGAGCAACGCUAGUACCAGGCGGGGUUCCGUUGAAUAUCCAGAGUUUAGGAUACAGUUGAAUACGGACGAUGGUGGGGAAAUGGGAAGCAACACAGAGAGUGAAGAUUUGACAGAUAGUGGUUCGACCAAUUCAUCUCGCAGAGAGUCAACAGAUUCCCAGACCAGCAAUACUCGACGAGCUACACUAGAAGCUUUGGGGCAAGGCCUUCCUCCAGGAUGGUCCGUACAGGUUGCGCCAAAUGGGAGGUUGUUCUUUAUUGAUCACAAUACCAGAACUACCUCGUGGGUAGAUCCAAGAACAGGAAGGGCGAGUCCCAUGCCUAAUCAACCUCAGGUACCAGUAUACAACAAAAAACCAGAUGAUGAUCUUGGUCCUCUACCAGAAGGUUGGGAAGAGAGAGUUCACAGUGAUGGAAGAAUAUUUUUUAUUGAUCAUAACACUCGAACAACUCAAUGGGAAGAUCCAAGAUUAUCAAACCCAGAGAUAGCAGGACCAGCUAUACCUUACUCUAGGGAUUACAAACGGAAAUACGAAUAUAUGAAGAAUCAGCUUAAAAGACCCACAAACGUGCCUAAUAAGUAUGAGAUCAAGGUGAGACGGAGAUGUAUAUUAGAAGACUCAUAUCGUGCUAUUAUGACCAAUUUACCAAAAGUGGAUCUUUUGAAAACAAAAUUAUGGAUUGAAUUUGAAGGAGAGGUUGGUUUGGAUUACGGUGGUCUAGCUAGAGAAUGGUUCUAUUUAAUAUCAAAAGAAAUGUUCAAUCCUUAUUAUGGGUUAUUUGAAUAUUCUGCAAUGGAUAAUUACACACUUCAAAUCAAUCCAUUUUCUGGUCUGUGCAAUGAAGAACAUCUUAGUUAUUUCAAAUUUAUUGGAAGAGUUGCUGGUAUGGCUGUAUACCAUGGAAAGUUGCUAGAUGCCUUUUUCAUUAGACCAUUUUACAAGAUGAUGUUGGCAAAAGCUAUUGACUUGAAAGAUAUGGAAUCAGUGGACUCUGAGUAUUACAAAUCGCUGUUGUGGAUAAAAGAAAAUGAUCCAUCGGAUUUAGAUUUGACUUUUUCAGUAGAUGAAGAUUCCUUUGGACAGACCUCUCUUCAUGAACUCAUUCCAGGUGGUGCUAACGUUCCUCUAGAUAACUCCAAUAAAGACGAGUACAUUAAAUGUAUCAUACAAUGGCGAUUUGUUGGAAGAGUACAAGAACAGAUGAACUCGUUUUUGGAAGGUUUCAGUGAAUUGGUGCCUUUGAACAUCAUAAAAAUUUUCGAUGAAAAUGAACUGGAAUUAUUGAUGUGUGGUAUUCAACAUAUUGAUGUGAAAGAUUGGAAAUACAAUACUGUAUACAAAGGAGAUUAUCAUGCCCACCAUGUUGUGAUAUUAUGGUUUUGGCGGGCUGUCUUAUCGUUUAGCAAUGAAAUGCGAUCCAGGUUACUACAAUUUGUAACAGGUACGUCAAGAGUGCCAAUGAAUGGAUUCAAAGAGCUUUACGGUAGUAAUGGUCCUCAGUUGUUCACAAUAGAAAGGUGGGGAACAACAGAUAACUUUCCAAGGGCACAUACAUGUUUUAAUCGUUUGGACUUACCUCCAUACGAAAGUUAUGCAACUUUGAAAGACAAAUUAGUGAAAGCAAUAGAAGGAUCUCAAGGAUUUGCUGGAGUUGAUUGAUUUGUUUUCCUUCAAACUUUUUGGAGUACACAUUAUUCUGUCCAUUCUAUUAUAAAAAAAUGUACCUUAAGAAAUUUUACAUCUCUUAUCAUAUUACUCAAUUGAAGAUAUGUAAUUUAUUUGAAAUAUCUUCAGGGAUCUUAUCUAUACACUUGUAUUAUGUGAUUGCUUAUGUAAAUAUAUGUUUUCAUUAUA